UCUCGUCCGCUUGUGUUGCCGUGACACCACGUGAAGCCAUUUACCCACCUUCGCGUUUUGCCUUCGUCACCCAAAUUGUGGCACCGAAGACUCUCUUUCUUUACCGAGACGAAUUCAAGGAGGAUAUAUCUUGCGCGUUUCGAUGAGGCCGCCUAAGAGCAGUUGCGGAGUCGGAUGGCAAAGGCAGGAGGAAAGUGACGCAGAAGAUAUUUUACCACAAUGACUGAAGGAGAAGUUACUGCCAAUGGCCAGACUGCUGCCGCAAACCAGUCGCAGGAUGUAGAUGAGAAAAUUAUUCGUCAGGUUGAAUAUUAUUUUGGCGAUUACAAUUUGCCCAGGGACAAGUUUUUGCAGGAAGAGAUUAAGAAAGAUGAUGGGUGGAUUGCUCUAGAAACCUUGACCAAAUUCAAGCGCCUUGCAGCACUUUCAACAGAUUCUGCUGUCAUCUCAGGAGCCCUGAAGAAGUCAAAGAAUAAUAUAUUAGAGGUUCACGAAAGCAACGAGAAGAUUCGUAGAAUCCCAACUCGCCCUCUGCCUCUUUUCAAUGAUGAAGUCAAGGAAGAGACUGUCAAAAAGACAGUCUAUUGCAAAGGAUUCCCCAAGGACGGCUCAGUAACACUGGAUGACCUGUUAGAAUAUUUCAAGCAGUACGGCCCAUAUGACACUGUUAUGAUGAGAUACUUCCACGACAAAGACUCCCAAAAGCAAGGCUUCAAGGGAUCCGUGUACGUCGUAUUCCCAACGCAAGAGAAGGCAAAAGAGUUCCGAGAAAAGGAUGAGGUCAGAUUCAAGGACACCCUCUUGAUCCGCAAGUGGCAGUCUGAGUACUUGGAGGAAAAGAAGAAAGAAAUUGAAGAACGGCGAGCCAGGAAAGAGGCGCGUAAAAACAAGGCCCAGGAUCAAAAUAACGAGGAUGAAGCAGAGGAGGAUGUUGAACUUCCCAAGGGGACAUUCAUUCAUUUUAAAGGAAUAACAGCAGAUUCUGAAGUAAGCAGGGAGGAUCUGAAGGAAGCUCUGGGAGAAUGUGGUGAACAGUGUGCUUUUGUUGAUUACAGCAGGGGAUUGACAGAGGGUUACUUCAGAUUCAAAGAAGAAGAGUACAAUACUACAGUCAUGGAGAAAACAGAAGGAAAACUAAAGGUGAAAGAGAUGGACAUAACCUUACGGAAAGUAGAGGGAGAGGAGGAAGAGGAGCAGUUGAAGAAGAUGAAGGAAGCGCAGAGAAACUGCAAAAACCGAGCAUUUGGCAACAGAAAACGGAAGAUGGGAGGUGGUGGCAGAGGUGGUUUUCAGAACAAGAGAAAAAGAUUGUAAUUUACGGGGUAGAAUAAUUGAAUUGUUGUAUCUUUAUGAAAUUAUACUUUUAUUAUCAGUCGUAUUUUGAGUGACUGACCCACCCGGGGAUUAUAUAUUUUUCUUUUUAUCGAUGUCAAAAUCUUGUCAUAGUUGGAAUAAUGGCAAAUACACUUUUUAAUUACUUAUAUACUUUGAAUAUACACUGAACAUGAAAAUAUUCAUGCUGUAUUGUGUGUUGCAUCUAGAUAUUGGUGUUAUGAUGACAAGGUAAGUUUUCUGCCCUUGUGUACAUGUAAUAAACCAAUGGAAUAUUUUGUAGUGACAUUUAUAUAUAUUUCAUAUUUAAGUUUUUUCACGAGAACAGUGUGUCUUUUAGAGUAUGUAAUUUUCAGAUUGUUUACAUGUUGAAAGAAACAUGAUUAUGAUUCAUAGCUUUGAUAGGACUCUUCUUUUUGAAAUAUGUUGUAAUGUUUCUUUGUGUCAUGAACGGUCAACAUAAUACAUACUGCGCAACUCUCUCUCUCUCUCCUUUUGAGGUAUCAUGGUUUGUGAUUGAAGUUGGUAAGAAUACGCUGAUGGUUUUUUGCAAUAUGAUAAAAAGAGCACUUACAAAUGAAAAGCCUCACAGCUUCACGAGUCAGAUUUCAUGAAGGUAAACUGUUAAUUGAAAACAGUGACACUCAAUUUACAACCAGCUAAGGGUUUUGAAGGCAAGGGUCCAUAUUUAUGCAAUUCCCUGAUCAUAACAGUUUUAAGCUUUUUAAAAAUGAGCACGAGCAAUUAAACAACAUUCCCUAAUGACUUUUAGGAAACAAGGUACACAUAUUUAAUUAGAUUUUUCCCCUUAUGUCUUCUACCCUUUUUCAGCUUAUGUUCUUUUCUGUGGCAUUUUGCUGUAUGUUUACUAGUUUACGCAUUUUGCUCCUGUUUUUUCGAGCUCGGAUAUUUCAUGAUUGCAUUUGUGUGUUCAUGUAUAAUUUAACUACUUUUAAUACGUAUAAAUACGCAUACAUCAUGUACGUACUGAAAUACUGCGCAUGGCUCUGUAUUUGUUGAUCAUAAUGAGUUCUGUACCUUUCUUUAUGUACAGCACACAGUCGUAUGCUCACCAGUUCUGAGUAAAUUUUAUUACAGCAUAAAUUCUCUUCCCUGUCAUACGUCAGGGAACUGUACUUGUUCAUUUAGUGCAGUGUUAUGUUAUGGAUUUUAUAAACUUUUUUUAUAUUUGAAUUGUAUUUUGAAAAUAUAUGAAACAAACCAUA